CCAUUCAACAAAUCAUCUCAUUAUAAUUAUUUUUUAAAGUAUAUUAUUUAUACUAAUAAGUACCCAAAAUAUUACUCUCAAAAAAAAUUUCAUAGUUAGGGUUUCUCUCAAAUUCCUGGUUCUUUCCCUCUCCCAGAUCUAGGUGUACAUCUCUCUUACCAAUGUCGUUAAAAUCAGGCGCGGGCUACGGCACCAUCCCUACCACCGCCGCCACCACCACUACCACACAGCAGCCAUCAUCAAGUAACACCGCCGCCACAUCCACGCUCACUUUCUUUUCACGCGCCACCCACACCACUCGCUCCCUGAUCGCCAGACGCAGACCCUGGCGAGAGCUCCUCGAUUACUCCUCCAUCUCCCGCCCCUACAGCUACUCUGAAGCCAUCUCCCGCAUUAAGCGAAACCUCAAUUACUUCCGCGUCAAUUACGCCAUGGUCUUCCUCUUUAUCCUCUUCGUAGGUCUUCUCUGGCACCCGGUUUCCAUGAUUGUCUUCUUGCUGAUUUUUGUCGCCUGGUUCUUUCUUUACUUCAACCGUGAUGGGGAUGCUCCCUUGGUGGUGUUCAAUAGUACUUUGGAUGAUAAAGCUGUGCUGCUGGGUCUUGGGUUUGUUACUAUCUUAGCAUUGGUGUUUACUCAUGUAGGACUGAAUGUGUUGGUGUCUCUAAUUGUUGUGGUUGUGGUGGUGGGGCUGCACGCUGCUUUUCGUGGCACGGAGGACUUGUUUCUUGAUGAGGAAAGUGCAGCAGAACGUGGGUUGCUCUCGGUUGUGGGGAGUCCGAUGUCCAGUCCCACGAAUUAUGCCAGAAUUUGAUUGAAUUGAAACAGCUUAAGACGCGCAUCCUGUAUCACUGGUAAUUGCCAAGCUUUUUUGACGAAAGUUCUAGUGGCUUGGAAUUGACUUCCAGUGGGUGUUUCAGGGUCUUGUCUACUGUGGUGUCAUUGAUUUUUGUUAGAAAAGACUUCACAAGUGACAAUGACGCUUGCAACCUGUAUUAUUUUUGGCAUUUUCUGGGGGAAUCUGUUUACUUUGGCUGAUGAUUUUUUUAGUUCCAUUGCAACGGCAAAUUGUUUGGUUUGCAAUGUCAAGGAAGAUAUGCAGCGUCCCAGCUUAAAAGGGGGAAGGUGAAUGUUUUUUCUUCUUAUUUUCUUUGUUCUGUUAGAAUUUCGAAUAUUCAUAUUGAAUAAUUAAUUUGAUUGUCAUUCAAAUAUGAAAUAUCAUAGACACUAGGUUAGUUUCGGAUAUCAAAUACCUGAAUGUGUGCCUGUA